AUGGAUUUCUCUCACCUCGACGCGUUGUUCGUAGAUCCGGAAGCGUACCUCCAGUCAUCAGCGCUUUCGUUUGAAGGAUCCACAUUGCCUCCUGUGUGGAAGAAAGAUGAGACAGCACUGGCAGACGAUGUGUUCGUUCCCGAAUACGUGUUCUACUCGCCUGCAACGGGUGUCGUUCGCGCAAAAAGGUUUCAAGACUUCGCAGGCGACGACGGCACGUGGUUACGACGGCAGGCCGAGGUCGGCACAUUCUGGAUCGAUGUGCUCAACCCUACCGCUGAAGAAUUGUUCCUCAUCUCGAAAGUCUUCAGUAUUCAUCCGCUCACCAUCGACGACAUUGCCAACGACGACAUGCAACGAGAGAAGUGCGACGCGUACCCGGAUUACCUAGCUCUCACUAUCCGUGUCAUUGACACGCACAACUUUGAUACGUCGGAAGAACUGAGUCCUGCGUUGCUAUGGAUCUUGAUAUACCCCCAUUGCAUCCUGACGUUUCAUAUGCAGCCUUUGUCGCAUGUUUCGAAAACGAUCCAGAGACUGGCUAAGCUGCAUAACUUGACGGAGAAAAAGCUGAAGCUUCAGGUUGGAACGGAGUUCCAGACCGCGUGGAUCGGUUAUUUGCUCAUCGACGAAAUCCUCAGCGAUCUCAACCCCAUAAUCCACCACAUCAAACGCGAAUCCGACGAACUCGACGAACAACUACUCGACGUCUGGGAAGACCAAGUCGAAAACUUCCGCGACCGCAACAUGCUCAUCCGCAUCCACGAAGCCCGCAAGCAAAACGUCGUCAUCCUCCGUCUCAUGGUCGACAAGAUCAACGUCCUCAAAGGCGUCAUCAAAAAGGGAUCUAGAGGCGUCGGACGCGGCAAGUUGCUGGGGAACGAAUUGGAACUGUAUUUUGAUAGCCUGCUGGACCGCGCGCAGGCCGUCGCGCAGCAGCUGAAGACGUUUGAGGAGGCGUUGACGAGGAUUCAUUCGGAGUAUUUGGAGGAGAUUAGUUUGUGUUUGAAUGCGGCGUCGAAAACUGCCGGGGAUUUAACGAGGAAGAUGACGGCUGUUGUUACGUUGUUGAUUCCUGUUGGUGCUAUUACGGGGAUGAUGGGGUAUGUAGCGUGCAAGGCGAGGCUGUACUUACGUAUCUUCCGCGUUAACCGUCCUUUCGUCCACAGCAUUAACGUCACCGUCCCAGGACACCACCGGGACGACGGAGACGGCGACACAACAGCCUUCUGGUUCGCCACCGUGUUCAUGCUUAGCCUUAUCGUCAGCGGAUACCACUUCGCCCGCAAGUGGCAUUGGUUCUCGGAUCCGACCUGA